AUGAAAUUUCUUGCACUGAUACUUCUGGCCGCUGGCCUCAUCCAAGCACUACCUGGAUUACACAAAGCCCGUACUUCAAAGGGUCCCAAGAAAGCCCCUCAGCCAACGUAUCUUUCACGACGAUCGAUAUUGCUCAAGCGCGAAAGCCUUCUGCAGCCAGUACAUCGCCGUGACGACCGUCUCGACCACUGUAGUAAAGCUGUUUGCUUGACAACAAAGACCUCAACAACUACCGCUUCCGCCUUUCCGAAAGUGAAGCGUUCUCCUUUACCUCCCACUUUUGCUCCUGGCAACGCUGGAAUACACCCUCCGGAGUUACUUAGCAGCGCUUGCUCUUGUUUAGUAUCUCCGGUAAUCAAGGUUAGGCAGAUAGCUACCAGCACAACAAUAACCACUCGGAAUUGGACACGCCACUUCACCAGGCUCACGACCAAGACCAUCCAGUCUACCGCUCCCACGACAAAAACUGCUGUUACCCCAUCCCUUCCUUCCAACUCGACAGACCCUGGUAGCCAAAGUAGCUCAGGCAACUCAGAUACGCCUUCAAGAUCUGUACCUACAACUUCAGUCGCUACUUCGGCAACGCUCCCUGCUAUCCAAUCUCCGAGCGUAUCCGACUUCCCUCCGGCGACUUCAGUCACUACAUCUUCAACUCUUACUGCUCAGUCUUCAAACGUAUUCGACUCUUCAUCAACGGCUCUCCCUACUUCCCAAUCUCCAAUCAUAUCCGACUCAUCACCGGCGACCCCCAUUGCUGCUGCUUCAACACUCCCUAAUACUCAGUCUCCCACUCCGUCUGACUUUCCACCGGCUUCAGCCGCUGCCACCUCAACCCAACCGGUAACUCAGCCUUCAAGCCUUCUUACCGUUUCACAAACGACCUCAAGUACUGCAGUUUCAACGCAUCAAAUCGCCCAAUCUCCAGGUCUAUCUGGCUCUUCUCCAAUGACCUCAGGUGCUGCAGCCUCCACUACAGCGGGUGUCAUCGCUGCUCCUUCAUCAACGAUCGAACCAUCUUCCCCACCUUCUCCAGCCGCUUACUGCACAGCUGCAGCUGGAGAGUUAAUCGGUCCCAUAAGUCAGCGGCCGUUCAACCCAGAGUGCGGAUUUUCCUACGCUCCUUCACCCGUGGAUCCCAGCACCAUCUAUACCGUUGCCUCGUACCUAGACUGUCUCGUGAUCUGCGAUGCUGAUCCAUUUUGUGCGGCAUUUUCGUACUUCUUUACACUUGCAACAGUCAAUUGUUAUGCAUCCAAUAUCAACGAGGAUUUCAUAUUCCCACCUGAACUGGAUCCUAAUGUCGACAGUGGGGAAAACGAUCUUGUCACUUUAUUCAUAAACCAGAUUUGGGUGAACAAGGUUCAGAUCUUUAACCUGGACUCAAAAGAAGCACAAUCGGCAAGAACCUGCGCGGGCUCUGUGAGAGGAAAGCACAUCAAUAUUCAAAAGUCCUCCGUCUCUAUUAGCGAUACCUUGUGA